CUUUCAGUUAAGCAUCUWUAUCGGAAACAACUGAAGUGUUCUAUUGUACAUGGUUUUAUCUAUUAUGGGGUAUAUUUAUGUUGUUGCUUCACUAUUCAUCUGUAACUUUAGUGUAACAGGUGGAAAUGUCAUAUUGCAUUUCGUGGGAGACAUAAGUUUUGACGGUGCUCCAAGCUACUACCACAGACACGGAUAUUGUUCCUAUAACAAUACCUUUGCAAACGUUGCAGCUGUGUUGAAGCAGUCAGACCUUGUGAUAGGGAACCUAGAAAGCCCGUUCGUACGCGACGAUAUGCGAAAAGAUGCUCUGACUGGCGUCUUUCCAUUACUGAGUGCUGAAUCUAACACCGUGGAAGCUUUGAAGUUCGCAGGUUUUAACCUUUUGACAUUGGCAAACAAUCACCUUAACGACUACAAAACAAAGCCAGUCAAUUUCACAGUAGAGAUWUUGAAGAAGAAUGGAAUUCUACCAUUUGGCUAUAGUUAUGGCAGUCUUGAGAACGAAAAACCACAAACUCCAGUAACGACUGAGGUUAAUGGUAUCAAGAUUGGMUUUCUUGGAUACUGUUCAACAUUUCGGGAAAAACGGGACUCCGAUGGAGACAUUGUCUGUCACUGUGUCAAGAAACGCAGAGGUUUGGACGCUGGUCCWGCUAUUUAUAAAAAAGAAGCCGUAACAAGAGAUGUCAACAAUCUUAAGUCAAAGGUGGAUGUCAUAGUUGUCUUCAUGCACUGGGGUGCAGAGUAUCUUACCACGCCCACUACAUCACAACAUCGCCAAGCAGCGCAUCUAAAAUCCCUUGGUGUCCAUGCUAUCAUUGGAAGUCACCCCCAUGUACUUGAAGGUCACACCMUUGAAAAACAUACUCUAGUUGCAUACAGUUUAGGAAACUUUUUGUUUGGACCGAAACGUAGAAACUGGAGGUUCUACUACCACAGAAAUCCUUCUAYGAAAAUAGUACAGGAGUUUGAACACUACAUGGCAACAGAUAGCAAAAAAGACAACUCGUURAAAUCGCGUAUUCUGCGCGUGGAACUUAACAAGAAAGGAGUUGUGCGCGCUGCUUACCAACCCGUACGAAUUAUAAUGAACCAAAAGACGAAAUGYUUUCAACCYACACCAGCCAUGGAUACAAAUACGCCUUGGAUUGCAAUUUGUGAAGAUAACGAUAAAGCAUGCUUGAACAAAACUUGAUAGCGGACGAAAAAUAUUACGUAAUAUUACAACAGUGCAGAUGGAUUAGUAGAAUUUAUAGAAGAUAUUAAAUUAUAAUUAUAAGCCUAUAUAGCGAAAUAUCAAAUCAGCCUCGUGGUUUAAUAAAGCACAGUAAAA